AAGCCACGAUGACAAGAGUGAUCGAGUGAGAGUCAGUGAAUGAAGACCCACUGAUGUAUUGAAUGAUCAAUGAGAGAAAAAAGAAGAGAAGAAGAGAGAAUGAUGAAUGGUAAAAAAGGCACGUCUGGGAACCAGAAGAAGAAUAAAUGAACUAAUGGAUACUAUAAUCAAUAGAAACGAAUACAGCACGAAACUCAAAGAGCGAUAAAACGAAUCAAAGAAAGAAGAAUAACGCGCUCGUAGAUACGAGAAGAAAAAUAGAGAAGUCAAGCAAUGAAGCAUAAGACAGAGAAAAAGCAAGAACAUGAUGACAGUCAGUGCCGUCACAGGAGGCUGAGCCCCCUCUAGUCUAAUUUUCUGGCUACGCCACUAGUUUGUAAAUGAAAAUAAAUUGAAAUUUUAAUGUGUUAUUUUUAGUACACAAGCAGCUAUUCUUGUUGAUAUAUUAGCUGAUACUGAAUUAAUCUUAGCAUCAGAUCGUCGAUUUUUAUUAGGAAAUUGGAUAACAGAUGCAUUACAAUUUGCACAAACUGAAACAGAUAUACAUUUUUAUAAUUUUAAUGCUAAACUUCAAAUAUCGAUUUGGGGAAAUAAUUAUACAUUAGGUUUAUUUGAUUAUGCUAAUAAAUUUUGGGCAGGAAUGAUUCAAGAUUAUUAUGCUCAACGAUGGUAUGUUUUCUUUGAUGUUGUAAUGAAAAGUCUUAUUGAAGGUCAUCCGAUUGAUCCCAAGCAUUUAGGUGAACGUUUGUUUCUUGAAGCUGAGUUACUAUUUUUUAUGUUAGAUACGAAAAAAUAUCCAACAACUACAACAGGUAAAUUUUCUUAUUUGAGAAAAAAAAAUAUUUUUUUUAUUUAA